AUGUUCUCCUCCCUGACCUCCCUCCAACCCCGCCAACUCUUCACCCAAAUCCUAAACUUCGCCCUGGUCCUCAGCACGGCAUUCAUGCUCUGGAAGGGCCUGUCCAUCGCCACCGAUUCCUCGUCGCCCAUCGUGGUAGUCCUCUCUGGAUCGAUGGAACCAGCUUUCCAACGCGGCGACUUGCUGUUCCUCUGGAACCGCGGGCAGGAUACAAGAGUCGGAGAGGUGGUGGUGUACAAUGUCAGGGGCAAGGAUAUCCCCAUCGUGCACAGGGUUGUCAGGAGGUUUGGUGGUGGUACACCUCCCCUCCAACUCCUCACCAAAGGCGACAACAACGCAGCAGACGACACCGAACUCUACGCUCGCGGCCAAGACUUUUUGAACCGCAAGACCGACGUCGUGGGUAGUGUGGUCGGCUACAUUCCCUUUGUGGGUUACGUUACUAUUCUGUUGGCCGAGUAUCCCUGGCUCAAGACCGUGAUGCUGGCGUUCAUGGGCUUGACGGUCGUCUUCCAGAGGGAAUAA